CCCUUUCCCUCCUUCACUCCUCCCUGACCCCCAUCCUCCUCCUUCUCUCUCUCUGUCUCUCAUUCCCUCCCCUAAUCUUUACAAUAUGUCUGGCUCUAUACUGAGAGCCUCUAUUAGAGCUGUCGGUGCCAGGAGACGGCUAGUUCCCACAAGAGCAGCUCUCACUUUGACUCCUUUAGCUGUUAACAAAAUUAAACAGCUGCUUCAGGAAAAACCUGAAUAUAUUGGAUUGAAAAUUGGAGUUCGAACCAGAGGAUGCAAUGGUUUGUCUUACACUUUAGAAUACACAAAGGAGAAAAGAGAAUCAGAUGAAGAGGUGGUCCAGGAUGGUGUUCGAAUAUUCAUUGAAAAGAAAGCACAGUUGACACUUUUAGGAACUGAAAUGGACUAUAUGGAAAAUAAACUCGCUAGUGAAUUUGUAUUCCACAAUCCUAACAUCAAAGGAACCUGUGGCUGUGGAGAAAGCUUUCACGUUUAACUGAAGCCAACGGUGUAAACUGAACACUAAUGUGGACGUUGCUAUGUUGAGACACUGACUUUUUUUCAAGCAAUUGAGUGUAGCGGAUUCUUUGUUUUCAUAGGUUUUGAAGGAGAAAAACUGACAAUGCAUUUGACAUUUUGCCAGUAACAGUGAACCUUUCUCCUGAAGCAGAAUUUUGCGCAAGAGGUUGUGGUGUAAGAUGUAUUUAUUUCUUCUGUUCCAUCAUGACAUAACUAAUAUCAUCAGGUUUGUGUAACUGAAGUGUUAGAUGGUGAGAUUAAUACAUUUGUCUGAUUCAGAUAGGUUUAACAUCUUUUUUGCAUCUGAGGGAAGAAAAAUGUUUUUGCUUUUGUUAUCUUCAAAUCCUCUGUCCUCUUGUUUCUGCUUAUCCAUUUAUGGCCAAUGUAAACUGUGCCUAAAGCAGAUAAGUUUGAAAAAGGAAUAAAGGGCUUGUUUCAGCCUU